CGCCUUCGUUACUGGUUCUUUCACUUUUAGAAUUUUUCACUAUGAGACUGGACUCGAUGGUGUAAGUAAAUAUCUACAGAGAAGCUCGCAAAUCGAUUAACAGGUGACGGUGAUACGAUGAUCUUUUACUAAUGGCCUCACGAAAGCCUUGGUCAAUGGCGAUAAGCCUUCCUUCCUCUGCCUAACCCGUGCUAAGAUGAUGGAUUUUCUUUAACAUGAUUUUGUGUUCCGGGUUUUACUUCGGAGUUUUUCUAUGUGCUUUAAUAAUGCUUAUGCAUUUGGUUCCAAGCUUUGGACUGCAGUGUUACAACUGCACAACGACAUGGGAAUACGGCGCAUGCGUAUUAGAACCAAACACGACCAGGGUAGUCACAUGUGAUUCUAACCAAAGCUUUUGCUUGGUUCAACGAAAUGAAACAUUCGGAAAAUUUGACGUCCUCAUCAGACGAUGCGCAACUUCCUGUUCGCCUCAUUGUGGUAUCUGGGGUGACGACAUUGAUACAGAACGUUGUUUUUCGUGUUGUACGACAGACUUGUGUAAUAUUGAUAAUUCUUCACAUGGUAUACACGUGCCUGUAGUGACUUUAAACAUAAUCAAUAUUAUGUUCUUAUUAAUUAUGUGAUCUUUGCUUACUUUUGCUAAGCAUACUUUAUCAUAUUUGCCUGGAGUUUUAAUUAAUGUUCUCUUUCCCUAUAUAUGUACAUCGAAAAUGCUUGUGAAAGAAUAAGUACAUCUGUACUAAAACAAAUAAAAUAACUGCCACA